AUGGUAAUCAUUGGUCGUAUUUUAGUCUUUUUUGGCCUGGCUGCUAUAUUGCAUGCCGGUUACUCAGCAGUUCAAUGUAAGUAUUGGUACCAUUGAUGGUCUUCGAUGUGUUUUCUAUGUGUUUUAUGAGACAGGCAAUUACCGCGGUCAUGUCGAUCAGCCACACAAAUUUCAGCUUUUUCGCCCCCCAGUUCUGGUUCUUCAAAAUUCUUCGAUUAGUUCAUUUGACUAUUAUUUUGACUAAAUAAUCAAAGUUUUAGUACUAACCCUUAAAAGACCAGUUCAGGCGGAGACAACACACAAAAAACGUGAUGUGACAUUCUUAAUUAAUUGCUCUCUCUCUCCUUGAUAGGUAACUUUGGGCAACUUUAACCCUAACAUAUCAACUAAUCGAGAAAAAAAAAUAGUAGUUAUUUUUCACUGGUAUAUUUUCAUAAUUUUAUAAAAGUUUUGAAGUUCACUCAUCAUGCAUUUCAACCCCUGCAUGCAGUAUUGUGGGACAUGUAACCUGAUGUACACAGUAACUUUUACCCACAUGAUCAUGAAUUCUUGAUUGCAGGUGGAACUAUAAAAUACUUGCUUUUGCUCUUUGGGUGCUGUAAGCGUUGGGUCUGGACUAGUUUUAAUCAGCACUUGAAUUAAAGUUGAAUGCAUGUGGGGAAAGCAUACAUGUACAUAUGGUUUUUUGGGCUUGUACAUGUAGGGUAAAAAGAAAAAAAAAUUCUCUGUAUCAGGUGUCUUUGUAAAGCCCUGUGCUGGGUUGUUCAAAGCAUUGUUAAGCAAACUGAGCGAUUCUAGCCAACAAUUUUUAUUCAUAGUUUUUCAUGGCUACAGCCUCCUGUAGGAGGCAAAGAAGGUAAAGCCACAUACUUGUACAUGUAUGUCAUUGAGACAAGUGCGUGAGUGAGUGUAAAGAUAGAAUUCAAAUCUUGACCCAAUUUUGACCUGAUGUUUCCCAAUGCUACUUAUUGUUUGCUUUGAAGUAUCUUGGUAGUUCUAUAUUCUCACUUGAUGCUCAGUUGAGUUCUCUCCUUUUGUGAUUUGAAGCUUACUGUAUAGACACCAGUAGCUUACAUGUACAUGUGUGUAUUCUAUUCUUGUGGUGACACUACAUGUCUACAAAUCAGCAGAAAAAGAUAAACAUCUUACUAUCAAUUCAGGCUUGGGUGUAAUUAAAAACAAAAGUUUUCCUUGCAGAAAUAAUCUUGAUAGGUGUGAUCCGCUCAUCACAAAACUUUAAGGAAUAUUUUUUCUUUGAAGAAAGAGCAUUUUAUCACUUAAAUCAGCCAAUUAUGUAGAUCUGAAGAUAUAAUCUUUUUCAGUUCUUGCUGUGACACUGCAAAAGGCAAUAAGCACCUCAAAAUAAUUUGACAGUGGGAUCCACCAAUGCAUGAUUUAAAUAAAAAAUUUCCCCUGCAGAAAUAUCUCAAUAGAUAUGAUCAGCCUAUCAUGGAGGCUUUGAGGGAAUUUUCUUUCUUUGAUAAGAAAGAAUUUUACUGUUUGAAUCGGUUACUUAUGGCAAAAAGGGCCACUAAAUUUACUGAGCAUACAAACUGCAAAAAAUGAUACCUUAGGUACUUUAAAUUCUUAUUGAAAAGGUGUUGACAAAGUUUCCCUUGACAUGGCUCAACAUAAUUGGAAAAAUAGUAGUUCAGGUGAUGAAUGACCUCCUGAAAAUGUAUGUUCGAAACAUUCAACAUAAGUAUGCACAGUGACUCUCAAAUAAUAACUUAAAAAGAAAUUGUUCCUUUGAUGUUAAAUAUAAUGCUUGGCAGGUUAACAAAUGGUAAUGCUGUUUUUCAACCACGUCACUAUCAAAUUUACUCUUUAGCAGACAGCAAAGUAACUGUAGGUAAAACUUUUAGUGUGAGACUUAAUGUUUUGAUUUUUCAGGUCGAACUUAUUACAAGUUGCUGGAAGAAGAAUUUCCUGGCCUGCCUCCUGAUGUAAGUAAAGCCUGUUUUUGCAAGUGUAUAUAUCAACUUGUUUAUUUUUGGUUUUUUUUUUUUUUUUGUUACCAUGUUCCCACCAAUAGCGUAGCUCCAUUUUCUCCCUCAGUUCCUCUAUUUGCUCUGAUGUAGGGCUUAUGCUCAAAAUGUUAGCUUUAAACCUCUCAACUGUGGCCAAAUUAUGUUAUCAACUCAGUUAAUAGUACUAAAUUACCCUGGUAUACUCUCCCACUGACACAGCACUUCAGUUUCUUCCCCCUUUUUUUUUUUCUCCCUUUAUUCAUUUGCUUUAGAAACACUUGUAUUACCCAACAAUGGAACUUUGUUGCCCCAAGACAAAUUCUAAGCUGGUAAACUAGUGGUCUUAGGUUUAAGCCCUCUGCUCUGCUUCUUACUGGAUUUGUUUUCAGUUGUCCUGAGUUCAACUCCUUGGAUGUACCUUUAUUUAAAAUGUAGCCAACUGGUCUGCCUCCUACCACCAGAAAUUUUUAACCCUUUAACUGCCAAAAGUGAUUAACAUGUUACUUCUCCCUGUAAGAUCUGUAUACUAUCCAGCAAACAGGUAAUGGAACACUCAAAGCUAUCAGUUAGAGGCUGUUAUCUUGAUCUAACACCAAAUACACAUAACUAAUUUACACGGAAAUAUUUAGCAGCUAGAGGGGAGAAUGAGCAAUUAGAUCUUGAGAGUUCAAGGGUUAAACACCAUGUUUCUUCAAAAUAUUUCAAUUUGUUCGUAUUGACCCUGAAGAGUCCCAUAUGAGGAGUAGUCAAUUAAGUAUACAUGUAUACAUAAUUACUAACCUAGUUGUUAUUGUUCUUCAGCCUUUUAGCCCUCGAACUCUCAAGAUCUGAUUGUUACUUCUCCCCUCUAGCUGCUACACAUUUGCUUGUAAAUCAUUAAUGAGAAUUUAGUGUCAGAUCAAGAGAACAACUUCUACCUGACAACUUGGUGGUUUCCCAAUACCUGUUUGUAGGAUGAUGUAUGGAUAUUAUAGGAAGAAGUUACAGUUUAAUCACUUCUGGGAUUUAAAGGGUUAAUAACUUCUGUCAUUUUUGCAGGUUUGCAUUCAGUGCAUUGUAGGGCUGAUCAUAGGCUGUUUGGGUGUGGCUCAUAUGGCUGGAGAAUUUAAAGAAAUUAGAGCAGCUGCAGAGAUGGCCAACAAGUGAGUCCAAAAUUUGUUACAUUGUACAUGUCAGAAAGUUGGAUUGGUGCAUUUAUAAAAGCAAAUGAACUUGUGCAGAAGGAAUUUCUGAAUUCUUUAACUCAACACCCUAACAUCAGUAUGCAUAUUCUCCAAACUGUUCUUUAUACAUUUUUAAGAUGCAGACAAGGAGAAUUUGUUUACCAAUAAAAAAGGUUCUUUUGUUGGUGAUCAUUUCCUUUAUUCUCAUGACAUCACUGUGUGAUUCAGUGGUGAUAUCUUAGGGAGAAAUUAGAUGCUAGGCACUCCUAGGGUUUAAAGGGUUAAUGGUGUGGUAUCCAUACUCCAUGUAUAUUAUACAAUCCAGUAAGCUUUGACAGAAUCAGACAGCUUGCUUUUUGUACCUCUGUGCAAGUAAACCACUGCAUUUUACAAGCAAAUUUUUGUGGCAAAUCACUAGUGUGAGCUGCUUCCUAUCUUUAGUCAUUUGAUAAAUUCCCCUGAGAAUUUUCAGUUGUUAAUCAGUCAAGUGCUGUCAAGACUUAGAAAGAGAGAAAAUUUUCACACCUUGGAUAUUGUUGUAUUGUAAAUAUUAAUUUUCCUCAAGAGCCAGCAAAGAAAUAGAUGGUCUCUCAAUUAGGAAUUAGAAAAAUUUGCUUUUUGAUCGUGAAAAUUUUUAUUUGGAGUGAGAAGUGGGGAGAAAUUUUCACUCUCCUCCAAGCUCCUGCUUGUUGUUCAGUUAUAAUGUCAUUGAAGUUUGAACGUUACCAUUUUCUGUGAUUUCACCUUAUUUUCAGGAGCUGGGAAUCAUUUGGCAACCGGCCUUCAUUUUAUACCUACAGUCAUAGGGGGAAGAUGUUAUUUUUGGCAAAUGAAGGGGUCAGAGAUUAGUGUCAUUCUGUGGCUAUCUGUAUUACCAUGGAGUAUGUUUGUAUUGAAUUACACAGACUCUGAAUCUUGAAGGAAGCUACUAGGACUGAAAGAUGAUGGCUUAAUUCGCAAUUAUUGUACUUCUGCCUUUCCCACGUAUGCCGCAAACAGGCUAGCAGACUCUUGUACAAAGCAACUGAAUGAUGUCAAAAUAUGUUGUAUGUAAAAACUACAAAUUUCGAUUUGUCUACAGUAUUUACCCUUUCGUGAAUUGCUUAUAUGUUCCUAACAUAGACUUUAUUGUAUUACUCCGACAUACUCACUGCAGGAAGCAUACAAAAACGAAGCCUAGUUCAGUAUUAAUGGUCGCCGGUCUAGUAACCCAAGAGUCAUCUCGCCUAAAGUCAUGGAGUCAGGUCGCUCGAUACUGUCGCUCGAAAGCGGAGUCUAGUCACUCAAUAAUUUUAGUCAUGUUGCCCGGUAAAAGUGGAAAUGAUAAAUACAAUGGCCUCUAAGAUCUAUAAGUAAUUUGAAUUGUUCGAGUCCCAUUAAAUUCCUGAAACUUGUAGGUAAAACUUCAUUCCAGAGAUCGUGCAAUUACUGACUGUUUUAAGCUUUAUUCUUAAACAGAAUGUUCUAUUCGCUGCGCUCUUUCGCUUUUUUUCAAUCUAAUUUUUCGGCAGAGCUUUUAAGUUUAGGUAUUAGUAAACAAUUUUUAUCUUAGGAUUUGCAAUGGUAAUAGGACUGCUUGGAGUCUAAUUCGGUCUGUAAUCCCUAGUAUGAUUACAGACCGAAUUGGACGACACAAAGUCUUAUUACCAAUUAAUCAUGAAAAUUACAAUUUCCGUGAAAAGAAGAAUAGCCAAGAUAUGAAAGAAAGGGAAAAUAAAUUUGCAUUAAAAGACGCAAAGGAGGCGUACAUUGUUUGAUGUCGCUCUGACAUUGACCACAAUCAAAAUGGAUGUGAUUGGUUGAUUUUAACUGCAACUUUAAUGUGGUUGGCGUAUUAAACUGUCUGAUAACAACUGAACUUGGCGAGUGAAUUAGUGUAAAAAAGGAGUUUUUAAACCAAUCACCAUUGUAAUUUUAUAUUAUGCAUAUUAAAUGCAUUAAAAAAACUACCUCAAGCGCGGAUAUUUUGAUGCGUUCGACAAUUCGCGUUUUCCAGAAGACUUACACUUUUCUUUUCCGUUUCAACGCUUCGGCGCUGUAGUCUUACAGGGGAAACCACUCAACUGGUUUGAUACCUGUUCCUGUUUGCGCCGUCGUGUCACGAAAGAUGUGUGACGAUCAACAUGAACAGGUAGAACAAACCGAAACUACAGAUGUUCAAAAAAAGACUCUUUCCAAAGCUUUUGUUUUACAUUUCCCACUAUUCAGGAACAAAUGAAUCCAGGGAACAUAAUAGUACAUAAGAAUCAUUUCCACUGAUUCCCACGCGGCAUGCAGUUGAACCAAUUUAAGACUAAAGAUGAACCAUUACUAACUUUAAAUUUGAAACUUUUUUAAGAUGUCGAAACUAAUAUUUUUUUCAUAAAUACCAGCUGGAAUUAGAGUUCAGAUAACCUUCUCAUGUUAAUGAACGAAAAAGUUCAUUUCCUGACACUUUAUCUGCGGUAACUCUAAGAAUGAUUCACUGUAGUGUUAAUUUAUUGAAUGAUAAGCGUGUAGAGCUCUUUGGAGUGAAUCUGUCAAUAUGUUGCUAGGCAAUAUAUAAAGCUCAAAACAUUAGAAAAAUAUGAAGGCAAAAUGGAGCAUGAAAAUUAUUUCCAAGGUAACUUGGCUGUCAAAAUAACAUUUUUAUCUUUAAUCCUCGGUGUUUCCUAAUUCUUUAAAUGGUG